CGUUUCUAGGCAGGUUAGGACAUCGUCUGGCCCGCCACCUGACAGUGCCCACCUAACGGUCUGCUAGGUCCAACGUGUGGUGGAUGCCAGAGAGCAAAGCUGGCGAGGCGACGGAUCAGCUGGAGGAGCGGUGGCCGGGACAGCGAGGGGCAGCCCUGCGAAGGAGAGGGGCGUCCGAAUGGCCACUGCCCGACCCGUGUCUUCCUUUCUCAGCAGAUUUGGACCCUUCUUCUGAAGAUGGAAAUUCUGUUUGGUGCCUGUGUCCAGCUGGCCUCCCUCCCUCAUCCAGGGUUCUCAGAGGAGCUAUUUGAAGUUUCCAUUUGGCCAAAUCAGACCCUGGUGGAGUUUGGGCAACCCCUCACGGUCAACUGCAGCACCACCUGCCCAGACCCAGGCCCUGGCGGAAUUGAGACCUUGCUGAAGAAGACCCAGGUGGACAAAGGGCCUCAGUGGAAGGAGUUUCUCCUGGAGGGCUUCACGGAGAAUUCAGUGCUGCAGUGUUUCUUCUCCUGCGCGGGGAUCCAGAAGGACUCAAGCCUUGACAUCACCGUGUACAAGCCACCAGAGCAGGUCAUCUUGGAGUUGCAGCCUGCAUGGGUGGCCGUGGAUGAAGCUUUCACAGUGAAGUGCCAUGUCCCCAGUGUGGCACCUCUGGAGAAUCUCACGCUUACCCUUCUCCAGGGUAACCAAGAACUGCACAGAAAGAACUUUUGGAGUUUGGCUCCGGCCUCCCAUGUAGCCGAGGUCGCCAUCAGUGUCAGAGCCCAAAGGGAGACCGACAGGUGCAGCUUCUCCUGCCGUGCAGAGCUGGACCUGAGUUCACAAGGGGGCGGGCUGGUCCACGGCAGCUCGGCCCCCAAGGAGCUCCGCAUCUUCGAGUUCUCUCAGAGCCCCCAGAUCUGGGUCUCCUCACUUCUGGAAGUUGGAAUGGCAGAGACAGUGAGCUGUGAGGUGGCUGGAGUGUUUCCAGCCGGAGAAGUCACAUUCCACAUGGCCCUGGGCGAUCAGGAGCUGAAUGUUGUCCUCUCCUGGGAGGGUGACACGGCCUGGGCCAACGCCACCAUUCGGGCCAUGGAGCCCGGCGAUCAGGAGCUCUCCUGCCUCGUGGCUCUGGGUCUGAUGGAACAGAGAGCCCGCCAGCCAGUGCAUGUCUAUAGAUUCCCGCCGCCUGUCCUGGAGAUAGAAGAAUCAUACCCCUUGGCAGGGACAGAUGUGAAUGUCACCUGCUCAGGACAUGUCCUGACGUCACCCAGCCCUACUAUCCGGCUUCAGGGAGCCCCAGCCCGCCCUGCCCCCGGGGAUCCCGCCUGGCUGCUGCUCACGGCCACAGAAGAGGAUGAUGGCCGAAAUUUCUCCUGCGAGGCCUCCUUGGAGGUGCAGGGUCGGCAACUGACUAAAACCUCUGUGACCCAGCUCCAUGUCCUAUACGAGCCGCGCUUAGAGGAAUCCAGUUGCCCUGGCAACCAGACAUGGGUGGAAGGGCUAAUGCAGAGGCUGGCCUGUGUUCCGAAGGGCAAUCCGGCUCCAGCCGUGGUGUGUACUUGGAAGGGGGUGCUCUUCCCCCCAGGUGUGCCACACAAAGCAACCAAGAACCACACCGGCCUCUACUGCUGUACUGCCACCAACAAGCUGGGCUCCGUCAGCAAGGACAUCAGGGUCCUCGUACAAGGGUUAGAGGAAGGAGUCAGCUCCACCAUCUUCGUCAUCAUCAUUGCCGCCCUGGGAGUGGGUGUAGUCACCCUUGCUCUGUACUUGAACUACCAGCCCUGCAAAAUAAAGAAGAGGAAGCUGCCCUAUAGGCAGCAAGCAGAGAGCCAAGAGGAGGAGGACCAGCUGCAGGUCAACCAGUGACUCGCAUCACUGUUAACUCGAAGCAGCUCCAGGACUGAGCAGGACUGCUGCCCCUGAGUUC